AUGUCGUUCAAGGGAACUCCUGCAAAAGGAGGGAAGAUCUUGGUUCUACCUGGAGACCAUGUUGGCCCAGAAGUCGUGGCUGAGGCUCUGAAGGUAUUGGAGAUUAUCGAAGAGGCAACUGGUGUCAAGUUUGAAAAAGAAUUCGAUCUUUGUGGCGGUUGCUCGCUGGACAAGCAUAAGGACUCCGUGACGGAAGAGGUACUACAGAAGUGCGAACAGGUAGAUGCAGUCUUCUUUGGCAGUGCAGGAGGUCCAAAAUGGGGGACAGCGGUGCCUAAUCCAGAGUCCGGUCUACUGAGAAUCAGGAAGAGGAUGCAGGUCUUCGCCAAUCUACGCCCUUGCAAGUUUGCCUCGAAGACGAUGAUCGAUUGGUCUCCCAUCAAGCGUGAGAUUAWAGCGGGCGUCGACUUCAUGCUGAUCAGAGAGAACUGCGGUGGUGCUUACUAUGGCGAGWAGAUUGAAAGAGAAGAUUACGGCUGCGACCCAUGGGAGUACUCUCGCCCAGAGAUUGAGCGUGUUGCACGCGUUGCUGGUGCUCUCGCAAUGCAGCACGACCCUCCACUACCAGUGUGGAGCGCCGAUAAAGCGAAUGUCCUUGCAAACAGUCGAGUAUGGCGCCGAGUGGUGACUGAAAUCUUCGAGAAGGAAUUUCCAAAGAUCAAGCUACAACAUCAGCUUGCCGACUCAUUGGCAAUGUUGCUCAUCACGAAGCCCACCGCAUUCAACGGUGUGAUUGUAACAGACAACACCUUUGGUGACAUUCUUUCUGACGAGAGCGGUGGCUUGACCGGUAGCCUUGGUCUCCUACCUUCUGCUUCGGUAGCGGGUGCGCCUGGAACGAGUCUGGGACAGAAUAAAGCCGGAGGCGUGAUCGGUCUCUACGAGCCGGUCCAUGGUUCAGCUCCUGAUAUUUCAGGAAAGGGCCUCGCGAAUCCGGUGGCCCAAAUUUUGAGCCUGGCUAUGAUGCUGCGGCUGAGCUUCAACAUGCAUCGUGAGGCUGACAUUGUGGAGGAAGCAGUCGCUAAAGUCCUGGAUUCCAAGGCGGACGGUGGGUUGGAGAUUCGCACCGGAGAUCUCGGAGGCAGGGCAAACACGCGAGACAUGAGCGAGGCCAUCCAGGGCGAAGUUAGGCGUUUGCUCCGAGCGUAG